CUUAGUGUCUUUGGAUUUGUGGUUAUCUUGUUAUUGUGUUUCUAAGUUGUGUUUUGUGUGGUAAAAAUCCAAUCUUUUUGGCUAAGUGUCUUUGGGUUUGUAGGUUAUGUUGUUAUUAUGUUUCUAAGUUAUGUUUCGUUGUGUUUUGAGUGGUAAAAAACUGAUCUUUUUUAGCUCUUGUUUAGUGUAUUUGGGUUUGUGGUCAUGUUUUGUUGAGUUUUGGGUGGUAAAUAUCAAAUCUUUUUUAGCUUAGUGGUCUUUGGGUUUGUGGGUUAUCUUGUUCUUCUGUUUCUAAGUUAUGUUUUGUUGAGUUUUGGGUGGUAAAAAUCAAAUCUUUUUUAGCUCUUCUUUUUGUUAUGGGAUUUGGUGGAAUUUGGUAGUUUUGUGUGUGUUGUGUUUUUUUUUUCCACACAUAUCACUUCCUUUAUCUCUCUGUGUAUGUGUGUGUAUUUUUGAGAUGUUUACAAUUUUUUGGAUGUGUUUUUUGCAAUGUCUUUGAUGGAGUAUGGUUCCCACAAGCCCCACAAGAGCAGACCCACACAGGCACAGGAUUAAUUACUAGUUUUGUUAUUCUAUACUAUCUAAUCUUUCAUGAUUGAAGCUACAAUGAGCUAUUCUCAAAACAUAAUGGAUGAUGAGUAUGAGAAAUUUAUCAGAAGAAUGAAUCCACCAAGAGUGGUAAUUGACAAUGAAUCUUGCAAAAAUGCCACUGUUAUACAGGUGGAUAGUGCUAACAAACAUGGAAUACUUCUGGAGGUGGUACAAAUUCUUACUGAUCUUAACUUUAUCAUUACAAAGGCUUAUAUUUGCUCUGAUGGUGGAUGGUUUAUGGAUGUAUUCAAUGUCACCAAUCAAGAUGGAAACAAGAUUACAGAAGAACCAAUCUUGGAUUAUAUCAUGAAGUCUCUUGGUCCAGAUUCUUGUUUUGCUUCUUCUAUGAGAAGAUCGGUUGGGGUUACUACAGGAAUGGACCACACCUCAAUUGAGCUAAUUGGAAGUGAUAGGCCAGGACUACUAUCUGAAGUGAGUGCUGUCCUCACAAAUCUUAGAUGCAAUGUGGUGAAUGCCGAAGUGUGGACGCAUAACACUCGAGCAGCAGCUAUAAUGCAAGUUACUGAUGAUGAAACCGGGGGUGCAAUUGCUGAUGCUGAAAAGUUGUCUAUGAUCAAGAAACUCUUAUGCAAUGUACUUAGAGGUAGCAAUAAAUCAAGAGAUGCUAAGACAUUGUUAUCUCAUGGGGUCACUCAUACCGAUAGAAGGCUUCACCAGCUGAUGUUUGCAGACCGGGACUAUGAACGUGCUGCGGGUGAUGGAUCGGAUGAUAAAGAAAGGCCAAAUGUAAAUGUUGUUAAUUGGCAAGACAAGGACUACUCAGUAGUGACAAUUCGGUGCAAGGAUAGACCAAAACUUCUGUUUGAUACGAUUUGCACUUUGACUGAUAUGCAGUAUGUGGUUUUCCAUGGCAAUGUUGAUACUGAAGGACCAGAAGCUUACCAGGAAUACUGCAUUAGGCAUAUAGACGGAUCCCCUGUGAAAUCAGAUGCAGAAAGACAAAGAGUGAUUCAAUGUCUUGAAGCAGCAAUAGAAAGACGAGUAUCUGAGGGAUUGAAGCUAGAACUAUGUACCACGGACCGAGUAGGGCUGUUGUCCAACGUUACCAGAAUCUUCCGUGAGAACAGCCUUACUGUCACUCGAGCAGAAGUGUCAACAAGAGCAGGCAAAGCUCUCAAUACAUUCUAUGUUCGCGAUUCAUCAGGAUACCCUGUCGAUACUAAGAUCAUAGAAUCUGUUCGACAAACAAUUGGGCAAACGAUACUUCGAGUGAAAGGCUCCCCUGAAGAGUUGAAUCCAGUACAACAAGAAUCUCCAACUAGGUUCCUCUUUGGUGGCUUGUUCAAGUCCAGAUCCUUUUGUAAUUUCGGUUCGGUUCGAUCUUACUCUUGAAAGCAGAACUUAAUAGUCCUCUUUCCCAUUGUAUAUAUUCCCAUUUACUCUUCCCAGGUUUUAGCCUUUUAGGUAUGGUUUAUUAGCACAAGUUAAUUACUUACCUAAGUGUCUGUAAAUAUUACAUUCUUGAUCACAUUUUGCUCUUUUCAUUGGUAAUAUUGGAUUCAACACAAUGUUGACCAAGUUGAAGCAAAUUGAAAAUUCAAGAAUCAUGUCAUUUCCAGACCCCACUCUGGGAUUUCACUGAA